AUGCGUGUCACCGGGAUAUCCGCCGUCUUGUGGAUCUUGGUCGCUUUCGUCGCGCUGUCCACGAGGCCACUGCGAGCUGCUUCGAGCACGUCGACCUCCACCACCACGGCAUCGACCAUGACGUAUCCUAGCUUGGUCGAGUGCGUGUGCAACACAACGCUCGCGUCGUCCGCAGUGGUGACAACGUCGACGACCUCUUCCUCCAGCCAGACGCAGAAGUUCGUGCUGCCUAGCUGCUUGGACGACGUAUUCGCCGAGACGGGAAUCCGCUGGUACUUGAACGGUCCGCUGCUGGCUGGAGUCACGUACUGGCGAGACGGAUCGCCGAAAGACUACGCGUCCGGUCGGGCUGCACAACGCCUCAUCAAUCUCGGAUACCGCUGCUCUCGAGUACAGCUCUACGACUCCACCGACCCGUACUACUGA